GGGCAAAACUCUGUUCAUUUCAGUUUACCCCUCUUGUUGCAGGAACCACAGGAACACCAUGUUAUGCCGUAAACUGUUUGUUUUACCAUUCCAUUUUCGCAAUGCCUAUUCAACCCUUUUCAAUACCCAUGCUUAUUCUCAGAACCUCUUUUCACACUUUGCCUCCACCAAAUUUAACAUCUCUGCGGCCCACAUCACUCGGAUUUUUAAACGAAAUCCCUACUUGCAGAGGCUUCAAACCCUCGACAAGGUCGAGCAGUUUGUUCAUAUGUUGAACAGAUGCGGCUGCUCUGAAGUCCAAAUUGCUAAGAUAAUGAUGGCACAUCCGCAAAUGAUCAGCACAAGUGUAGAAAGAAUAUCGGAACCCAAAAUCAAACUGCUGGAAGAUUUCGGCUUUCAAGGUGAAACUCUGGCGAAGCUUUUGGCGAGCAAUCCAAGCAUCUUGAGAAUCAGCCUUGAGAACGACCUUCUUCCCAAGAUGGAGUUUCUUAAGAAUCUAUUUCAGUCCCAGGAGUUCCUCAUCAAAUCCCUGCUUAGAGCACCCUUCAUUUGCAGUUAUAACCUAGAGAAGACCCUGAAGCCCUCGGUUGUUUUCUGGGAGAGAUGGGGUUUUCAGGGCACGGAGCUCGUGCGACUCAUACGGAUAAAUCCAUUCAUUCUGCAACGCUCUUCUCUAACGCCUGCCCAAGCUGAUCUCAUACGGGAGAUAGGCGUCGACAAAGGAAGCAAGAUGUUCAAAUAUAUUGUUAAUGUGGUAGCUACUAGCCGCAAGGAAACGCUGAAGGCCAAGAUAGAGAAUUUCCAACUUUGCGGGCUCUCGGCUGAAGAAACCUGGCAAGUAUUGCGGGCUGCACCUCUAGUCCUUGGUUUUUCAAAGGUAAAAGUUCGUGAAACGAUGAACUUUGUAGUUAAAGACAUGGAGCUCCCUGCAAAUUAUAUAGUGAAGCACUCCUGCUUGUUGCAUUUAAAUUUGGAAAAGAUUAUGAGGCCCAGGUUUCUAGUUUGGCAGAAAAUCAAAGACAUGAAUGGCCCGAGCCUUUCUCUUUUGUCAGUAUUGAAAAUGACAGAGGAAAGGUUUGUUAGAAAUAUUAUCAGAGGACAUCCUGAAUCUACAACACUGUGGACUGUUUAUGAAAAUGCCAUCUCUAAGGCCUCCAGCCACACAAAGAGCUCAAUCCACUGUUAAUUUGCAUUAUUGGGAAUGAGACAGUGAGAGUCGGGACACAAAGACCACAACAAACAUGUUAAUCCAGUCUUUAGCAGAAGGUAGGCAGGCUCUCCUCAUCGAGAUGUUGGCUGUGGGGAUUUUACAAUUCUGGAGAGACAGGGUCCUUUCUGAAGCAACCCGUUUGAGAGCCAAGGGAAGAGGAGUCUUGAAGUUUUCUUCUGCAAAAUUGUAAUAAUGGACGAUUUGCUUUACCACAAAAAAAUAUUGGAAAAUGACAGGCUGAGAAAACAGUUAUAGAGAAUUUGGAAAGGAAGUGAUGUAGCUCUCUGACACUUGUGAAAUCUGGACGUGUUUGCUGAUGUUGAUACUGUUAUAAAUAAUUGCUGAAAGUUCUCUCCCAUUCAAAUUACAAUGUAGUGAAUUGUUCUCCUAUGAGGAAAAGAAUUUGGAGAGGAAGUGAUGUAGCCCUCUGACACUUGUGAAAUUUGGACGUGUUUGUUGAUGCUGAUUCUGUUAUUAAUAAUCGCUGAAGGAUCUGUCCCAUUCAAAUCACAAUGUAGGGAAGUCUUGUCCUACGAGGAUGUCACCAAAAGAUGGCAUUUGAUUGUAAUAAUAGAAAGAUAUAGAGACAUUGAGUCAUGAUUCCUAAUGAUAGACAAGAUUCAAGCUUCAUUGAACAUUGUAAUGUAUGAAACAAUCUUUCAAACAUGUUAUUUUUUUGUUUA